AUGAAGCCCCAAAUCUUCCGGAAGAAAAAGCGCCGCUUGGAGGAAGAGGAGUACGCAAAGCUGGAACAGCAACAUCAUUCUCAGGAAACAUUUGUGGGAAGUUAUCAGGUCGGUUUCGUGGAAGAACGGUCUACGGCGGACCAAUACUUUAUCAUACGGCAGAUCCUCCAGAAAUGCCGUAAAUACGUAACCCCCACGCAUCAUCUAUUCAUCAACUUCAAAGCCGCGUAUGACACUAUCGACUGCAAUGAGCUAUGGAAGGUUAUGGACGAAAACGGCUUUCCGGGGAAGCUGGUUAGCCUGACGAAGGCUACGGUGGAUGGGACACAGUUCUGUGUGCGGAUUUCGGGUGGAUUGUCGGGUCCAUUUGAAUCCCGCCGAUGUCUUCGACAGGGUGAUGAGCUCUGCUCGAUUGGUCGCCUCAUGCUUGCAUGCUCGACAGGAUAUUAUACCUAG